UCAAGCAAGGAGACACAACAGUCUGAGGCAAGAGUCCGUGAGACGACUCCUGUCUCCAUGUGGCCGACCCUGUUCAUGCUCUUCCUGCUCCACACCUGCCUCCAGGGAGGACAGGGCGAUCUCCGCGAGGACCUGACCUUGCUGAAGACCGAGCUUGCGCUGCGCCUCUACCAGGGUGCAGCAGCCCCUGGAAAUGAAACCAAUGUUGUCAUCUCUCCUGCUGGCGUGUCCCUUGCUCUGGAGAUCCUGCAGUUUGGAGCCCAGGGGAACACUGGCCGGCAGCUGGCCGAGGCCCUGGGUUACACCGUCCAUGACCAAAGGGUGAAACAGUUCUUACACACUGUUUAUGCCACCCUACCCAAAUCCGGCCACGGCACCAAGAUGCAGCUGGCCUGCACGCUUUUUGUGCAAGCAGGAACGCCGCUCUCACCCUGCUUUGUGGAGCAGAUCUCCCAGUGGGCCAACAGCAGCCUGGAGCCAGCCAACCUCCGGGAGUCCAACAGCACCAGCAUCCGGGCCCAUGACUGGGCCUCCGGGCAGAUCGCAGGUGACGAUCCAGGUGGCCCAAUGUGGGAGCGCGGUGGACAGGCCGCAUUCGCCCAGCUGGCGCUUGUGAGCACCAUGUCUUUCCAAAGCACUUGGCAGCAGAGAUUCUCCUCCAGGGACACUCAGCUCCUGCCUUUCACCUGUGCCCAGGGCGUUGUCCUCCAAGUCCCCAUGAUGUACCAAAUGGCCGAGGUCAACUACGGCCAGUUCCAGGACCCUGCAGGCCAUCAGGUGGGGGUGCUGGAGCUACCUUACCUGGGAAGUACCGUGAGUCUGCUCCUCGUUCUGCCACGUGACAAGGACACCCUGCUGAGCCACAUCGAGCCACACUUCACAGCCAGCACCAUCCACACGUGGACCUCCAGCCUCAGGAGAGCCAGAAUGGAUGUGUUCCUGCCCAGAUUCAAGAUCCAAAAUCAUUUCAAUUUAAAAAGCAUUUUAAAUUCUUGGGGAGUCACCGAUCUUUUUGAUCCACUCAAAGCUAACUUGAAAGGAAUUUCAGGCCAAGAUGGCUUUUAUGUUUCUGAAGCAAUCCACAAAGCCAAGAUUGAGGUUUCCGAGGAAGGCAGCACGGCAUCUACAGCCACCGCUCUGUUGUUACUGAAAAGGUCUCGAAUUCCUUUUUUUAAAGCAGAUCGGCCAUUCUUCUUUUUCCUGAGAGAACCCAACACAGGUAUGACAGUAUUUCCUGACAGGAUUCAGAUAUUAAAUAUUUAUCAGCAUCUCUCUAGCAACAAGCGCCCAUUUGUCCACUGCAGCCUAAAUAAGCAUUCCUUCUAA